UAUUAAAGUGCUUCAAUGCGCCACCUACAGGCGAGAGAACUACAGGAUCUGGCGAAUAACUGGCGACCUCUUCAGCCUCGUGAAAAGCCUAUAAAAACCUGCCUAUUAUCAAAACCCUGCGUAUUUGUCCAGUCAGGCGUUUUGGGAAGGAGCUGUUUCUCUUGUCGCUGCAGGGGCUUGUGGGGGAGAUUUGGGACACAGACUGAAGAUCAGGACUCACCGUGGAGGCGGUCACGUGGCUGCCGCUGGAGUCGGGGAUCACAUGAUGAGCAGUGGUCAUAUCUGGAGGUUGUAACAAAUGGCAAGUACAACGACACGCUGCAGGCUUAUGCUGCUGGAAUUGUGGAGGGAGCGGUCACCUCGCAGCUCAUCUAUAAGCAUUGGAUGAACACGCUGAUGGGAUACUGUGGGCCAUUUGACCAGGGCUACUGUCAACGUCUGAAAGAAUACAUUACCACUAACCUGCGGUGGGUGGAAGAGCAAAUCAAGACAGCUGCAGAGUCGCCUUACUGGCAUCAGGUCCAUUUGUCUCUGCUGCAGCUGAAAGGUUUGGAAGAUGGUUAUAAUGGACAGUGUACAUUUCCAGAGCCAGGGGUCUACUUUAACCCCUUAGGAUUUCUACUUUUCCAGAUGGGUGGAGACUUGGAGGAUUUGGAAGCUGCACUGAACAAAUCCAGUCAAUCACGUACAGUGGGAUCCGGCUCCUGCUCUGCUCUAAUCAAACUCUUGCCGGGUAACAAAGAGCUUCUUGUUUCCCAUGACACGUGGAACAACUACCAGUCAAUGCUUAGGAUCAUGAAGAAAUAUGUUUUUUCAUUCCAUACAUCUGUGAAAGAUCAGACAUUGAUUCCUGGUAGUACUCAGGCGUUCUCCUCUUACCCUGGCUCCAUCUUUUCAGGAGAUGAUUUCUACAUUCUCAGCAGUGGCCUGGUUACACUGGAAACCACAAUUGGUAACAGUAACCCUGACUUGUGGAAAUUUGUGAAGCCUCGAGGCUCCGUCAUGGAGUGGCUGAGAAACAUUGUGGCAAACAGACUUGCUCGAUCUGGGAAAGAGUGGGCCGACAUUUUCAGUCAGUACAACAGUGGAACCUACAACAACCAAUGGAUGAUAGUUGACUAUAAGAGUUUCAUUCCUGGCAGACUCAAUCUGAAGAAAGGGUUGUUAACCGUGCUUGAGCAAAUACCAGGGAUGAUCCAAUCUGCAGAUAAAACUGAAGAACUGUAUAACACUAGCUACUGGGCCAGCUACAAUAUUCCGUAUUUUGAUGAGGUGUUUAAUGCGAGUGGCGGUCCAGAUCUGGUGAAGAAGUAUGGCUCGUGGUUCUCCUUUAGUGACAAUCCAAGAGCUCAGAUAUUCCGCCGCAACCAAUCCCUCGUUACUGACAUGGAGUCCAUGGUACGCUUAAUGAGAUACAAUAACUUUAAGAAUGAUCCUUUGUCGGAAUGUGAUGGCUGCAAUCCAGCCCAAAAUGGCGAGAAUGCAAUCUCCGCGCGAUCUGAUCUGAAUCCAGCCAAUGGCACAUACCCUUUUGGAGCUCUUAGACAGAGGCCUCAUGGUGGAACGGACAUGAAGAUGACUUCCUAUGGCUUAUUCAGGCAAUAUGAGCUGUUAGCAGUUAGUGGUCCAACAUGGGACCAGGUGCCUGUUUUUGAAUGGAGCACAUCUCCUUACAGCAGUUUAAUGCACAUAGGCCACCCAGACCGCUGGGAUUUCCCUAUUGUACAUGUCAGGUGGUCAGAAUAAAAGAUAUAUUGUAUGUCAUAUUGUAUGUCAUCAACCAACCUCAGAUUUGUUUGCUCUUCUCAAGGAGGUCAGUAUCCCCCCACUAAAAAAAAAAAAAAAAAAAAAACACAUUGUUUAGUUUCUGUCAUUAUCAGGUGCAAAAAAUUAUAUAUGUGAUACAUACACAAAAUACCUCUGGACAACUGCUCAAUUAGAUGAGAAAUGGCAUGCAGUGAAAUGUUGCUUUAACUUUUAAAGUUACUGGGAGUCCUAAUGUGCUAUAUCUACAUUAUCACAUUACAAUUCACAGUUCAAAACAUGCAUUCAGUAACUUGGUUUUCUAUGACAGAAAACCAAGAUUUGUUUCUUCCUGACACACAAACAUGUUUCUAAACUUUACUGGCUCCAUAAGCCAUCUUUGCAGGCAUCAGUUGGAGUUUUAUAAAAAGUAUUUCAAGGGAAAAAUUUUAUUUGCACAAUGUGAUCUAUGGAGUGUUUGAAAUGAGUGUUUUGAAAUUUUGAAUAAACAGCAAAUUUAUAUAA